AUUAAAAUCACCCUUUCCUCAACGUCCGCCGUUCCUCUCUCAUUAUCUCUCGAUUCUCGCUUCUCGCCUCCCCUUUCCUCCCCGCCGGAAAAAUAACCGAUUUUUCCCCUCUCUCUCUCUCUCUCGCUUUCUGCGUUUUUGCUUCCCUUCCUUCCUUUCGUCGGAGAAGGGGAUUCUCACCGGCGCCGGCGGCGGCCAUGAAAUUCGGCAAGAGCCUCAGCAACCAGAUCGAGGAGACGCUGCCGGAGUGGCGCGAGAAGUUCCUGUCCUACAAGGACCUCAAGAAGAAGCUGAAGCUCAUCGAACCCAAGGGCGCCGACCGCCCCGCCAAGCGCCCCCGCCUCGACGCGGCGGAGGCGGUCGCGGCCGGCGGGGGCGCCGAGGCGGCGGCCGCGGCCGGAGGGGCGGCCGAGGGCAUGACGAAGGAGGAGGUGGAGUUCAUCCGGUUGCUGGAGGCCGAGCUGGAGAAGUUCAAUUUCUUCUUCGUCGAGAAGGAGGAGGAGUACAUCAUCAAAUUGAAGGAAUUACAGGAUAGAAUGGGAAAGGCCAAGGAUUCUAAUGAAGAGAUGAUGAAGAUUAGGAAGGAGAUUGUCGAUUUCCAUGGGGAGAUGGUCUUGUUGGAGAAUUAUAGUGCCCUCAACUAUACAGGGCUGGUGAAAAUCCUGAAGAAGUACGACAAAAGGACCGGAGCUCUGAUCCGCUUGCCCUUCAUCCAGCGGGUCCUGCAACAGCCCUUCUUCACCACCGACAUGAUUUACAUGCUGGUGAAGGAGUGUGAGAAGAUGAUCGACCAACUCUUCCCUGCGAACGAUCCUCCCCCGCCCUCAGCCGAGGAGCCUAGAACGGAUGACAGCAGCUUGGACCCCACGACCUCUGCCUCCACCAACACCGACGGUGUGCUCAGAGUGCCCAAGGACCUCGCAGAGAUCGAGCACAUGAAGGGCCUAUAUAUGAAGAGCACGAUAUCGGCUCUGCGAGUCCUCAAGGAGAUCCGGAGCAAGAGCUCAACGGUCAGCGUCUUCUCAUUGCCGCCGCUGCAACUGAGCGGGGUGGAGGAGGCGUGGAAGAAAGUCCCGCUCCGGGAACAAGAAGCUAAAUAGCUGUCCUCUCAGUAGUUUUUUCUCCUUUUUUUUAACCUUUUACUCUUCAUAGCUGGAUACACUGUAAUGUGCUACAAGAUUUCCUGGGGAACUAAUUCUAUGUACAAGACAGCAUGACUAGUGUACUAAAAGGGUUCGUGUCCCUAGCAGAAUUCUUACUGUACUAAAAGGAUCUGCUUAAUGUCUUGAUGUGAGAUUCGAGCUGCAUCAAUAUCGUUCUUGCCUU